AUGUUAUCUGGCCUUUUGUGUCUGUUGGCUUUGCGGCGCUGUUGGGCUUUUCGUUCGAAGGCGAUUUUGCUGUUCGUCUUUUCUUCCCUCACUUACGAAUUCGCACAAGUCCUUUUCGCUGUGGCUCCAAAAAAAGGAAAAGAAAGAACGGCGCCAGCGCCUUCCACAGCAGCAGCAGCAGCAGCAGCAGCAGCAGCAGCAGCAGCAGCAGCAGCAGCUCCUGAAAUAGAAACCGAAGAAGAUGAGACUUUUGCUGCUGCUGCUGCAGCAGCAGCAGCAGCAGCAGCAGCAAAAGCAGCAGCAGCAAAAGCAGCAGCAGCAGCAGCAGCAGCAGCAGCAGCAGCAGACCCUGCAGUGGACUUUUUGAAGUCUGUUCCGGAGAGAAGCGAAAACGACUUCAUCAAUUCCGAGGCGGAAAACGAAGAGCCUCUUCUCCUCAGCUUCGGCUAA